AUGUCAUCCUCCAGUGAUCCAAUGACUGAGGAGCUUAAGUGUUCAAUCUGUCUGGAUGUGUUGAAUGAUCCAGUCACCGCUCCAUGUGGACACAACUUCUGCAUGAUCUGCUUGAAUACACACUGGGACAAAAGUCAGGACUGUAGCUGUCCAAACUGUAAAGAAACAUUCGAGAAGAGACCUGAACUCAAGAUUAAUACAACACUCAGAGAAGUUGUGCAUCAGCAGAAUAAGAAAACUGAAGAGAAACAACCUGAAGUUUUCUGUGACAUCUGUGAUGAAGUAAAACUGAAGGCUGUGAAGUCCUGUCUGGUGUGUCAGAGCUCUUACUGUAAAACUCACCUGGAGUCUCAUUUGACAGUCACAGGUUUACAGAAACACAAACUGAUUGAUCCUGUGAAUAAUCUGCAGGAUUAUAUAUGUCAGAAACACGAGAGACCUCUGGAGCUCUUCUGUAGAGAUGAUCAGACAUGUGUGUGUCUCAUCUGUACUGUCACAGAUCACAAGAAUCACAACACUGUGACUUUAGAAGAGGAGAGUAAAGAAAAUAAGAUUGAGCUGUUGAAAACACAGACAGAUGUGCAGCAGAAGAUCCAAGAGAAAAUCAAGAAGAUUCAAGACAUCAAACAUUCAGCAGAACUCAGAAGAUUAGAGCUGCUGAAGAAGCAGAAAGCAGCAGAGAAACAGGAUGAAGAUCUCAUUAAAGAUCUGGAGCAGGAGAUCACUGAGCUGAAGAGAAGAAACUCUGAGCUGGAGAAGAUCACAAACACUGAAGAUCAUCUACACCAAAUACAGUUGAUACAUCUGAAAGGCUUCAGACAUCAGCAAAAGUCUCCACCUGAGUUGUUCAAGGAUUUUUCCAUUUACAAGCUUGAUGUUCAUGUGGGAUCUGUCCUGUUGAUAUGCUUAUUUGUUUUUUGUUAUUUGAUUAUGGAGGCUUACAACACCACCAUGACACUCGGUGAAGCUGAGUUGAAGUGGAUGCAGCAGUAUGCAGUGGAUGUGACUUUAGAUCCUGAUACAGCAAAUCCAUAUCUCAUCCUGUCUGAUGAUAACAAACAAGUGAGACAUGGAGACAUGUCUCGUGAUGUCCCAAGCAACCCAAAGAGAUUUGAUAUGUAUUUAAAUGUCCUGGGCAAGGAGGGAUUCUCAACUGGGAGAUUAUAUUAUGAUGUUCAAGUGAAAGGAAAGAAUUGCUGGGUUUUAGGUGUGGCCAGUGAAUCUGUUAACAGAAAGGGAAAGAGCACAAGAACACCAGCGAAUGGAUUCUGGACUGUGACUAUGAGGAAUGACAAUGAAUAUAAAGCUCAAGCUGAUCCUGAUGUCUCUCUGUCUCUGAAAGUGAUACCACAGAAGGUGGGUGUGUUUGUGGAUUAUGAUGAGGGUUUCGUCAUAUUUUAUGAUGUGGAGUCCACAUCUCAUAUCUACUCUUUCACUAAUCAAUCUUUUAAUGAGAAACUUUAUCCAUAUUUUAGCCCAUGUAACAAUGAUAAAGGUAAAAACUCAGCCCCACUGAUCAUCACACCUGUCAAUAAUAAUCAGUAAAUGUACAGAUAUUCCAAGUAUAAAAUACUGCAGAUGUCAUUCACAAAAUAUGUG